AUGCUGAGGUCGCGCACUUUGGGGAACAGUGCGUCACAGACCUACAGCAAGCUGUGUGAAAGUCACAGCGAGUCCUGGAUGCGGAGCGGAAUACGGUACCUCGGGGAGUGCGAGCAGUUUCUGGCCUUGGGCACUGGGCGGCAGUUCACUGAUCUACCGGAGAUGCCCCCGGUGCCCUCACCCGUCUACAGCCAUGACGUGCUGUCGCGGCUGGACGAGGUGAAGGCCAGGGUCACCUCCAUCUUUGGGUCCAUCUUAAAGAUGGACUCUACCAAGAAGGUGACCAAAAAGCUCGCGGGUACCGCUGCAGACACGGCCGCCUGGGUUACCAACGUCGGCAACGAGCAUGGACUGGUCCUCAUCAGUGUCCUCACUGCCGCUGAGGGCGAGGGCCUGCUCCCCAUGGCGGCUGGUCUCAUGGAGCGGUACCGGCUCGCCGGGGUGGCGCCCCCCCAGCUCAUGUACGUGGACCGAGACUGCUGCUCCAGCUUCGGCGGAUCAAAGACAGCUGCCAUGUACAAUGAGUGGGACCAGCUGGUGGUUCGGCUGGACAUCUGGCACCUGAUGCGGCGGUUCGCGGCAGGUGUCACCACUGAGAGCCACCAGCUCUACGGUCCCUUCAUGCGGCAGCUGUCAGCCUGCAUCUUUGAGUGGGAUGCAGGUGAUGUCCGCCGACUGCUGGAGGCCAAGAGGUCUGCGCUGGAGGGGAAGCACGGGAUGGUCGGCCUCACCGAGGCGGAGGUUUCGAGGCUGAUCGGCAGGAAGGAGAUUGCACUUCACUGUCGGCGUCGUACGUGUGGAGCUGCGGCGACCGAAGUCCUUCUCCUUGACCUCCUCGAGACCUUCAACAGCGAGAAGGGGGUCGACACCCUGGGCAUCCCGUUGCUGGACUCCAUCCACAUCCAGGCAAUCUGGCAAGAGUAG